UCGUUGUCAUUCCGCUGGACCGUUCUGUGAGAGACAUUCUGCGAAGUUAACAGUCUCGGUUAUAAGAAAGUAUCGAAACGAUCGAUCGAUCGAUCUAUUUUUCUCUAAAUCGGAUUUAAAUAAUUUAGACAAAGCAGUACUGGACGAUAUGUCGCUCGGAAUAUUCGUAGUUUUUGCUUCGAUCCUGUCCUUCGUUUUGGGAAUCAUGGUAAAUCUUACCAAUAACGGUUUAAAGAAAGAAGAUUUCUUCUUGAAGAUUCAAUCGACUAUCAUUCUAAGCGAAGUGACGGAUUUGAUAUUACGUCAAAAUCAAUUUGACAGUUUCCUCGAUUGCUCGACGAAUUUAGCUUCGUUGACAACAUUGGAUCUAUCGCAGAAUCAUCUGCAACGUUUCUUUUUCCUUUGCAAAGACGAAUACAAUCUGCAAGUAUUAAAUGUCAGCCAUAACAAGUUGGAAUAUAUUGACGACAAUGCACUCAACGACAGAAUACCGAAACUUAAAAUAUUGGAUUUAUCAUCAAACAAACUUUCUAUCGUCAAUGAGACUAUGCUGGAACAUUUAAAGAUUUUAGAAUUUCUUUCGCUGGCGGACAACCCGAUCGGUGAUGGAAUUCACGAAAAUGCAUUUUGGAUGUUGAGUGCGUUGAAACAUCUCGAUUUGAGAAACGUCUCGAGUACUUUCUUCUCCGGAGAACUAUUUAAAAAAUUAAUUAACCUUUCGAUUUUGGAUUUAUCAUGGAACCCGAUAAGCAUGAUUCCUCUUUUACCGACGAAUCUAGAAGAACUCGAUAUAUCGGGAACGCAGAUCUUUCAACUGAAUGGUUUUUAUCUACCACGAUUAAGAGAACUUAGAAUGAAUAAUAUGCCGAAUUUGACGAAACUUGCAUUGAACGAUUUAGAAAAUUUAACAAGUUUGGAGAUAUUAUCGUUAGUAGGUUGUAGAAAUUUGGUGCAGCUUACAGUUUGGCCGCAUCAUGGCCUCUUAUUGCCACGACUUCAACGUUUAUCGAUCGAGAAUUGUGCUUUGGAAACUUUGGAGUCUGAUCUUCGAUUGAUUUUACAGAGAACAGCUGUUGUAAAUCUUCGGAAUAAUCCAUGGAAAUGUGAUUGUAGAAUGCAAUGGCUUAACACAAAUAAUUCUUUGAAAGAAUUGAACACGGAGAUCAAAUGUUCCAUGCCGGAUCGACAUCGUAACAAACUUCUCAAGGAAAUUCCAAUCUACGAAUUGGAAUGCGAAUCGGUUUCAUCGAUUUUUUAUCCGAUUUUAUGGUCCGGCAUAACGUUACUGAUCGUUUUUGUGAUCCUUCUAAGUGUUUUCUUCGCCGUUAAGAGACAAGGUGGAAAAUGGUCCGUUAGAAGACGAAAUCGGGAUACUGUUACAUACACAAACGUUGUAGAGUCAUCGAAUGAUUUGGUAAGAAUAUUAACUGUCAACGAUAAUCACGAACGUAAUGACGAAUGAAGAAAAAGAAGAGAAGAAACGAAAUCGUGGUAAUCUAAGUAUAGAAAUAAAAUAAUAAAGAUAUAAAUAAUAAAUAAAAAAAAAAACGGAUCGUUUUCAACAAUUACAAUGUAUUCUAAUUUUAGCAAUUUAAUAUUAUUGUCAAAAAAAAAAAAAAAAAAAAAAGAAAAAGAAAAUCUUUAUGUUACAGACACGUGUAUAGUAAUUUCUUUCAUACUUUUGCCGCAUUAUAUUAAAGAUCGAAUCAAUAAUUAUAAUCAAUUGCGAUAUGAAAUACAAUUCAAUAACAAAUUAUAUAAAUAUGUUAUUCGAUUAUUUUCAAACUUCGAGUUGUACAUUAAAGCGUAAUAAAAUCCGACAUUUCGUUGUAUCAUGCAAAUCAUUGAUUUCUUAUUAAAGUUAUUAUCAAACGAAUACAUAAAACGAAUUCUAAAGAGAAUUAUACGAAUUAAUCGGAAUAAAGAAUGUUGGUUGCAUAUAAAGAUAUCAAAAUAAACUCAUUCAGAGUUCUCAAUUCAUAUAGAACUUUGUCUAUAUGAUUACAGUCGCCAUUAAUAAUGAAAAGGUUAAAUCAAUGAAUAACAAAUUACUGCAAAUGAUUAAUUAUUGAUUCAUAAUAUAUUUUCGUCCAAUACAGAAUCCCUUUAUGUAUAUAAUCAAAUAACGCGUAAGAAAUAAAAUAUGAUAUGUUAGAUGAUAAACGAUCUAUAGAUCCAUAGAUCCAUAGAUCCAUAGGAUGGAUCAAGGCUCGUUCCGUGCCAUUACCAUGCACUCUCUCUCUCUCUCUCUCUCUCUCUCUCUCUUCUCUCCUAUCUCUAUCUAGCUAUCUCUCUCUCUCUUUCUCUCUCUCGAAACUCGAUUCACCGGUUAGCAAUUACAACAAGUUCGAGUGUUAACGUAUUCGAUAAUAGUGUAAGUUCUUUGUAAACGAAUAAAACACUUUUGUCGGUAGGCA